AUGUCCCAAGGUAGCUUCGUCUUCACGUCUACGGCCUUGCGUUCACUUGAACUUGACAAAGAAAUGUUAGAGAGGCACAAGUACAAAAGGCAGCUGGCCUCCCAUCACCUCAGCAGCUACAUGCUGAGGAAAGAGGCCACAGACAGAGCACCACCCAGGUCCAGCUACACCAGGCCACCAGCCACCUGCCAAGAUGUGGUCAUCCAAAAUGUGUUGUAUACAGGAGACCUGGAGGCUUUGAAGACAUUUUUUCCAAGAGGAUCCACGGCAAACCUCAUCAUACAGCCACAGGGAGGAGAGAUGCGUUGGGUUGCUCGAGGGGAAGGACUUUGGUCUCUGACGUAUGAGCAGGAGCUGACAACACCGCUUCACAUCACUGCCGGUCGAGGAUUUGCAGACUGCCUGCACCUUUUACUUCAACGUGGGGCAAACGUAGACCUGGCACCUGGAGGCACCACGGCCCUGCACGAGUCCUGCGAGAACUGCCAGCCGGAGUGCACCAAACUGCUGCUGAUGUAUGGCGCCAAUGCAAACGCUGUCACGGAAGAUGGCCUCAUGCCUUUGCACACUUGCACAUGUCCUGAAUCUCUAGAAUGUGCCAAGUAUCUCCUUGAGUACGGCGCUGCAAUCAGCGGUCGCAGCCUGGAUGAAGAUGACACUCCCUUGCACGUCGCAGCCAGGAACGGGCUCCUGGGCCACGUGGAGCUCUACCUGCGCUACGGAGCCGACGUGAACAAACAGAACGAUGAGGGCCUCACUCCCUUGAACGCGGCGUGUUCGCAGCCUCAGGAGGCACGGGAACUUGAGCGCUACUUCCGAGUGUGCCAGACGCUGCUGUUGGCAGGGGCUGAUGUCCAGACUGUGGAUCAGGACAGACACUCUCCGUUGCACAUGGCCUGUAAGAACGCAAACCCAGAUGUGGCGGAUCUGCUGCUGGCCAACGGAGCCUCCGUUAACAACAUGGACUAUGACGGUGAAGCUCCCAUGCACAAGAUCCUGAAGGUGGUGUGCUACAAGGCUGCACAUCGUCCUGAGAGGAUUGUUCGUGCUUUGCUGAACCAUGGCUCGAUCCGAGUGUGGCCUGGUGCCCUCCCUGUGGUUCUGAAGCACUGCUCCGACUCUCCAUCCACCAUUGAGGUCCUCCUGAAUGCCUACAGUCACCUCAAAGUCACGGACACCUGGGCUGAGUCUGUGCCUGCGGAGGCCUUAGUGGAGAACAGAGACUUCUUUGAGUCCAUCUUCUCUCUGGCCAGGACUCCUCGUUCCCUGCAGCACUUGGCACGCUGCAGACUCAGGACCAUCCUGGAGGGUCGAGUACACAAAGUGGUCCCAAAGCUGAAUUUGCCCUCCUUCAUUAAGAACUACCUUCUCCUGGAGUGCAGAGGAUAUAUCCACUGA